GCCUCGGAAUAAACCGUGCGCCGCCGGUUGGAAAAUAGGCUGCGUUUGUUAUAUUGAGUAGCUAAGUGAGUAGUUAGUUAAUGUUUGGCGCUAGUAAUUAUCAAAGUGUUUGUCUUUGGGGAGAGAUAGCGGAAAAGUUACCCGGAUUGCUACAUAUAUUUAGCUAUAUGUAGCUUGAGCUAAACCGGAGACGGGAUGUUAAUUAAUCCAAACGGGACCAGCCCCAGGAGCCGGUAGCAGCAGUCAGUCAGUCACACCCUUGUCUGUCUGGGGUUAGUGGAGGAGCCCUGUCUGCGCAGGAGUCUUAUACAGCUACCAUUCACAUGUUACCAUGCUUUAUACAAAUAAAUGUUAGCCUCAGACUUCUGCAUUGGAGCCUCAGAACAAUAUUGUGAGUUGAGUUGGAAGUGUGGACUGGAUAUGACUGACUCAUCAUCAUGGCACGGGCGGAGGAGAUAACCCUGAACAGUGUGUCUGCUGCAGCGCCAACCAGACCGCCUCAUAACUAGCGAGACUGCAAAGUUAUUUAACACAUUAAAUUGUUUCUGUUAUAUCCUCUAUACCCUGGUAGUCAGCGCGGCAUUAUGAAUACCCCGAUGUACACGUUUGUCACUCGUGACGACAACAGCACUGUCUAUGCUGAAGUUUCCAAGAUCCUUGUCUCAACUGGACAAUGGAAGAGGCUGAAAAGAGACAAUCCCAGAUUCAACUUAAUGCUUGGAGAACGGAACAGACUGCCCUUUGGACGUCUAGGUCAUGAACCAGGACUUGUACAGCUGGUGAACUACUACAGAGGAGCGGACAAGCUUUGCAGAAAAGCAUCCCUGGUCAAGCUAAUAAAGACCAGCCCAGAGCUGUCCGACUCCUCUAACUGGUUUCCAGAAUCCUACAUCAUCUAUCCUACUAACCUCAACACCCCGGUUGCUCCAGCGACAAAUGGCAUUAGCCAUCUGAAGAACAAUCCCAAGACGGAUGAGAGGGAAGUUUUCUUGGCCUCCUAUCACUCAAAAAAAGAAAGUGGAGAGGGCACAGUUUGGAUAGCAAAGUCCUCUGCUGGAGCUAAAGGUGCUGGUAUUUUGAUAUCCCAUGAUGCUAAUCAGCUGCUGGAGUACAUUGAUAAUCAGGGACAGGUUCAUGUUAUUCAGAAGUACCUGGAGAAACCUCUGCUUCUGGAGCCGGGACGUCGGAAGUUUGACAUCCGGAGCUGGGUGCUAGUGGACCAUCAGUACAACAUCUAUUUAUACCGGGAGGGUGUGCUGCGCACGUCCUCAGAGCCCUACAACAGCUCUGACCUCCAGGACAUGACCAGCCACCUGACCAACCACUGCAUCCAGAAGGAACACUCACAGAACUACGGACGAUACGAGGAGGGAAACGAGAUGUUCUUUGAUGAGUUCAAGCUGUACCUGCUGAACACUCACAAUAUCACCCUGGAGACCACCAUAUUACCUCAGAUCAAGCAGAUCAUUAAGAGCUGUCUGACAUGUAUCGAGCCGACAAUCAGCACCAAGCACCUGUCCUACCAGAGCUUCCAACUCUUCGGAUUUGAUUUCAUGGUGGACGAGAGCUUCAAAGUGUGGCUCAUCGAGAUCAACGGAGCUCCAGCCUGUGCACAGAAACUAUAUUCAGAGCUAUGUCAAGGUAUCGUGGACGUGGCCGUUUCCAGUGUCUUCACCAUGAACAGCGCCGGUGACUCCUCCUCUGCUUCCUCAUCACCUUAUUCCUCUUCUCCAUCCUCCACGUUCACCACCAACUCCUGCUCCUCUCCCAAACUGAGAGGCCCUCUCCACGUGGGCCCCUUCACUCGACUGUAAGCACACGCACACAAAUAAUUCCCCGUCGUCUCCUCCGUACAGCUUCUUCAUGCUCUGUCCUCACUCCUAAACUCUACGCGAGAAGUAGCACACGCCAGCGAGCCGAGCCUUUAAUCGUACCUUGCCUGUCACGUCUUGGAGGGAGUCUUUCUUUCGAUGGAAAUCGCUGAGCUGCAGAAGAGAUCUCUGCUCUCCUGAUUAUGCAUAUUAUCAUGAAUGUGAGGAUGGUGAUCGGAAAACUUUCUGUGAGUUUCUGAAUGAUGACAGACGCCCUUCCAUCUCGGUCCCGCCACCAGUUUCUCCACAAGCAGAUGAAUGGAGAUCUAAAAGAAUGCAGAGACGCUCUAACUGAGACUGUAGUGCCUUACAUUUCCAGCCACGCUCCCUUAAAAAGACUGCCAGUUAGCUUGCUCUGUCACUGUGACCCGUACUUGUUAUAAGCCUUUGCACUGUUGCUCAGUAAAGUCAAUGCGAUCAUAAUCAGACCACAAAAAUUAGCAUCAAACAAAUGACUUGACAUUUGAGAUCUUGGUGAAUUUGUGUCAUUUUAAAUGCUACGUUUCUCAUCGGACACAUUUCUUAUUUUAAACCUUUUUUUAUUGCAGCUUGUCUGCAGCUAUCUCUUACCCACAAGUUUUAAUUUAGGAAUGCUAACAGUGAUCAAGAGUUGUUAAAACUUGGAAAGACUAAUAUACUAACCCAAUGUGUCUGAUGAGCUGAAAGAUGUCAAGGUUUGCCUUGAAAAUCAACAUUCCUCUUAAAGGGACAGAUCACCCUUAAAAUUAAAAACACUUAUUUUUUUCCUCUUACCUGUACAGCUGUUUAUCAGACUAGAUUGUUUUGAUGUGAGUUGCAUGGUGUUGGAAGUAUCACCUGUAGAUUGUCUUCCUUAUGUAAUGGACUAGACAAAUUGAAAACUGAAUUGAAAUACUCAAUAGCAAAGUGUCUUUUCAGUAGCGAUGCACUAUAUGGGUUUUUUUCCACACAGAUAACCAAUAAUUACCUGCACCUCAUGGCCAAUAACAGUAGGAUAACCAAUAAUUUACAUUUUUGUAUUUUAUGCAUACCUGAGGUAGGUUUAGUGAGAAAAUAUGGAUGAUUUAUUCUUCCACAGCUCCGACCUUUCAGAUAACCAUUUAUUUUUUUUAUAGUAAAGUACAACCCUGAUUGCAAAAGGUUAGGGUGCUGUGUAAAACUUAAAAAACAAAACAACAACACAGAAUGCAUCAAAAUAGAAUUUAUUUGCAGAAAUAAGUUUAUCAUAUUGUCAUUGUACUGUUUUGAAUUGUAUAUCUAUCAUAAGGGAUUUGCAAAUGAUGGCAUUCUUCUUAAUUUACGUUUUAGUCACUGUUCAGCAUCAACUUUUUUGGAAUCAGGGUUGUACAUCAAAAAACUUCACAAACAUACGUUGUUUUUUUCAGAGCAUUUUGCAUAAGAAUUAAAAUGCUUUGACCUAAGCUGUCAAAUCUGACAUGUGAAUGCAUAUUCAAUGCAUGUCGCCACAUACUGAGUUUGUAGAUUCUGAGCUUGUUGAUUCAGUAAAAGUAAAUAAUAAUCUAUCGACUAUAACUAAAUAAAUUCAAUUAAAAUAUCCUUAAUAUCGAUAAUAACAUGAAUUUCCCAUUAUCUGCCAAUAAUUUAUUAUUACUUUCAAGAUAACAUAACCCUAAUAUAAAAACCCAUAUAUCUUGUUUUGAGCAGUGUCAUAUAGGAUAUACUAGAAAGAAAACAGCAGGUAAGAGGAAAAAAAUGUGUAUUUUUGAUUUCGGGGGUGAACUUUCAAUUUAACUUUGCCGCGUUGACAAAACAUUUUAUUUACAUUCAGGGCAGCUGCAGGGUUGAUAUCAGUGAACAAGGAGACCGUCCAUUAAAACUCCGUCCUAACAAGUGUCCCUCACCUCUCUACGGCAGAGAGGACAUUAAAAUAUUAGGCAACAUUAUUCUGUUCUCAACAAAUUCUUUGUAUGAAAUUGUCCAGCUGAAGCCAUGUAGGUGUUUUAUUUGUCAUUUGAAGAAAGCAUGUUUGUGUGAAAGCAUGUAGUAGAAUGCAUCCUCAUACAAACCCCCAUAGCACCUUUCGCCCCAGAUUGUAAAGAGCUGCCCUGACGUCUGUUUUUAAUUCUGAUGUAUGAAAAGAUAGACUGUCAUUGUAAGGUGUUGUCAACAAGUGUUAUGUUUUGAGCUGUUGUAAUGAAAGUAGAGUAGAUUGUACAAAGUGUGUUUAAGACCCCAUGAAAUGAAAGUGACAGGAAACGAUGUUUCAGAGCUGACAUACAACACUACUUCAUCCUUUUUUCACUGGUCUGGUUAAACAUUAUUACCAAAGAAAAGUCACAGACACAGCUCUUCAUCCCACCACUGCCUCUUCUUCAGUCACUGCAUUUAGUCAUGUUUUAUUUUUAUUUCCAUCAGAGUUGCAUUUUUAUGACUGAUUUUUUUUUUGGUUUCAUGGGGUCCUUGAAAUGUUUCAGUUCUUUACUUUUCUUUUUGUUAUUCUCUCUGUGAAUAGACGAGACCUUAGACUUGUAACUGUCCAAUCUGCUUUGUGUUAUAUCCCUUUGCUAGAAAAGAAUGUUUCCUCAGACAUGAAACUUUUAAAUUAGCUCAAAGGUUGCGACAGCUGCAUGUAGGGUAGUUAAUUUGAAACACAGAAUACGUUUUUGUAGGAGUUAUUGUAGGCGUGCCUCUCAAAAUGUUAGAAUCCCUGCUGUUCCUCUUUUCUAACCUCAAUUCAACUUUGUGAGGCUUUGCUUUCCAUGUUGUGAGUAACAUACGUUAAGGGACACCAUAGGAGCAUUUAUUUAUGUUUUUAAUCGCUGUGUAUUUGUGUUUACAAUAUGACUCUGGGAAAUGAAGGAUAUGUAAGUUGGCUGAAGGUCAGAAAAAUGGAGUAGCUACAGAGCAGGUUACACGAAUGAUUCAUUUCUGUGAUGUAUUGCAGAGCCCUGAUGUAGCUGAAAUGAUGCUUGAAAGUUGGAAAAAAAUAUUAAUGUUGGCAGAAAAUUGGUAUUCAUGCCAUGUGUUGAGAAAUGGGUUACAAGUGUUUGCUGAUUUUUGGCGUAUCUGAAGCAAACUGUCAGUAUUUGAAUAAAAUUUGUAGGGAAUUUCUUUCCAUUAAAAGGGAAGGGUGCCUUAGGAGGAAUUGCAUAUUGAUAAAGAAGCAAUGGACCUCCAGCGUUUAAAUGCACCUUCAUUUUUAUGUAUUCAGAUGAUUUUGCCUCAUCAUGAUAAGACCUCUUUUUUUAAAUUCAAUGAUGUCAUUUUCUCAGUUUAUCAUUUUAUUCCUCAUAUUUUCCCUGGAUUUUUUCCUCAUCUUUACCAAAGAUCAAAUUCCUGCUGUAUUUUCAGUGUUAAUUAAUGUUUUGUGUUUGCUAUAAUCUGGACAUUAUCACAUGAAUUGGCCAACAUGAUCAAAAAAGAUGUUUAAAAAAAAAAAAAAAUCAAGGAUGGUAUUCAGAGGGAUGUCUGUGCUGUGUUUUUGUUAGGUGAUGUUUUAUCCAAACUCUUGCAUGAACAUUUGUCUUUAUCAGAAACAAUAUUACUAGAAUAAAAAAAUAUUACUAUU